AUGCUUCUUCCAGCCAAACGUAACGAUUAUGCAGGAUUGAAAAUUUCAAUGUGGUUUUUGAUAUUGAUCAAUAUACCCUCAACGGUGCGCAGUCUUAUUCAUGUGUUCUAUCAUGACAGUGGGGCUCAGUCUAUCGCGUCGAUGGAUAUUAAUGUUAAAGGUGGAAAAAAUGCUGUCGCGCUUCUUGCUCAAUGGGGUACAGCUCAAUUGAUCAUGGCUUUGACUAUAUGGAUAGUGCUGUGGGGUUAUCGAGAAUUUAUUCCAUUGAUGAUCGCUGAGAUUUUAGUUGAACAAAUACUCCGACUUGCAGUUGGGUAUAUGAAGCCUCUCGUUACUACACAUCGUCCACCAGGAGCAAUAGGAACUUUCAUUUUAUUUCCAUUGUCCGCAAUCAUGCUAGUUUUGUCUUUAAUACGUAGUGAAAAAUAA